UCACCAGCUUCUCGAAGGACUCGGGCGUGGUCCACGUGACUGCCGAAUCAAAAGUGGGAGGCUCCCAAGAACUUCUUAUCCACUAGCUUCAUUCGAUUCCUCCCCUGACAUCGGGAAUACUUCCGACGGAAAUCUUCCUCCCUUCCUAUCACAAUAUUGGCUCGGCAGAUAAUUCUGUCGUGGCCUGCGGACCGAAGAGAUGGGAUAUCUUCAAGCGACUCGUCCCACCAUUCUGGUUUCUGGGACAUCGACUCCAGAUCGUUGGGACACUCGACGUAAACAUAUAUCUGAUAAUCAUUGAGUGGAUCUUUAUUGAGCACUGUUUCUGCUACCUACAGCUGUUAUGGCUUCUACUGCUGUGUUUGAGCCACCUUUGUCCCAAGGUGUAGCAUAUGGCAUUGCCUUAGGAUUCGGGGUGGUAUUCGCCCUAACCAUGAAUGCAAUUACAUGGCUAAGCAGAAGAUAUCUCCAUGAAUCCAAUGAUACCCAAAUGCUCAUGACAGCCAAGAAAAGUGUGAAGACCGGACUUGUGGCUUCUGCUGUGGUAUCUUCAUGGUGCUAUGCUGCAACCAUUCUUAACUCUGUCCGUCUGACAUACUUGUAUGGAUUUGCGGGUCUCUGGUGGUUUUGCUCGGGGGCUACGUGCCAGAUCGUCUGCUAUGCCAUCAUGGCCAUUGAGUUGAAGCGUCGUGCUCCUCGAGCAAACACCAUCCUUGAAGCCAUCAGAAUUCGUUUCGGCACCAGCUCCCACCUCGUCUUCUUCGCAUAUGGAGUCUCUGUCCAAAUCCUCAUCACUGCUGCUCUUCUCCUUGGAGGAUCAGCUGCACUAAACGUCACAACUGGUGCUUCGACAAUUGCUAUGAACUAUCUCAUCCCUUUCGGUGUUGUCAUCUACACGUAUCUUGGUGGAUUGAAAAGUACUUUCUUGUCGGACUAUGUUCACACCGUUGUUAUCUUUGUUAUCCUCUUGAUUACGAUGUUCAAAGUGAUGGCAUCAAGCAGUGUCCCAAUUCUGGGAACUCCCGGAAAGUUAUGGGAUCUUCUCCAGCCAGCUGCAACAGCUAGUCCUGCGAUUGGCGCCAAAGAUGGUUCAUACUUGACCAUGGACUCAGGGGAGGGUCUCUUACUUGCUGGUGUUAUUCUUGUCUCUGGCUUCGGAUCAGUUUUCGUUGAUCCUUCGUAUGGACAGAAAGCAAUUGCUGGUGAAGCGAGUGCAGUGGUGAAAGGGUACUUCUAUGGAGCUUUUGCUUGGUUUUCAAUUCCACUUGGCCUCUGCGCUACAAUGAGCUUUGUUGCUGUUGUUCUUCAAGAUACCGAGUACUGGCCUGCGUCUGGCGGGGUAACAGCAUACCAGAUUAACAAUGCUUUGAUCCUACCUUUGGCCGCACAAGCUAUUAUGGGAAUUGGAGGCGUGGUUGCUAUUAUCCUGAUGGUGUUCAUGGCUGUGACCUCCUCGUUCAGCGCGGAAAUUGUUGCUCACGCAUCGAUCGUGACAUAUGACAUUUACCAGCCGUACAUCAACCCAAAAGCCACUGACAAACAACUCAGACUCGUAUCACAUCUCAGUCUAGCAGGCUUCGCAAUUUUCUCUUCAUCAUUCGCCACAGCUUUGAACUCAUCCGGCGUCUCCAUGGGCUGGAUCCUCGAAUUCCUUGGCGUCGUUCUCGGACCCGCAGUCUUCCCCAUCACUCUCGGUGUAACGAGCUCCCACGUCUCUCCCAUCUUCAUGACCUACGCUCCCCCGAUAGGAACAGUAUGUGCCCUCGCCGCUUGGCUCGGUUGCACAAAAGGGAUGUACGGCACCAUAAACGUCACAACCACUUUCGAAAAUUGGCCCAUGUUCGCAGGCUGUCUAGUCGGACUCAUGAUCCCGCUUCUAAUUUGGCUUGCUAUGCGACCAUUCACAAAAGCUUAUGAUUGGGACCUGCUCUUCCUUAUGGCUGGUGACAGGAGCUUCACGCUUGAGGAUGAUGAGAGUUUGGGCUUGGAUUGGAAUCCGCAGGAACUUGCUCGUGCUUCGUUCUUGGCGAAGACUGUCUCGGCAGUGUUGUGCUUGAUCUUCUUGGUUCUGAUUCCGUUCCCGAUGUAUGGGACUGGAUAUAUUAUGUCGAGGAAGUUCUUUACAGGGUGGACUGUUGUAGUCUUUAUUUGGAGUUGGAGUGCGGCGUUGUUGAUUUGGUGUUUGCCGAUAUGGCAAUCUAGAGCAGCUUUUGGAAGAAUACUUGCUGGUAUGCUGGGUAGGAAGAAGAUAGUUAGUGAGGGUGUAGAGACACCUGUUGUCGAGAUUGUUCAUGGUUCAGAGAAGUACUGA